GUCAGAAUCAGAGGACUCAUUUCAUCUCUGCACAUCAAGGAAACAGAAAUCCACUCAGGAAACCUUCAGUUUGAUUUCUUCCCUCUUGAAAAAGAAAAUAACCAAAGAGCUCCAGACCGACCAUGUCUGCCAGCAGUGAAGAACUGCAGGUGGCGCUGUCGGGGUACACCAAAGACACCCUCACAUACAUCCACACAGUGAGGAUGUUCUGCGAGACGUCCUCUAAGUGGAAGGAGUCCAGGGAGACUGAGGUGGAAAUGCUGAGGAACAUCAAAGACACACAACGUGCAAAGCUGGAAAGCCAACUGACCGAGCUGCUGAAGAACAUCCUGCAGGGUCUGCAGGAGAUCAGCCCCUUCCUGGAGGCUGUGGAGAAACUAGCUUCCACCUCACUGGAGGUCUUCACAGAGAAUCAGCUGCUCCAUCUGCCCAGACACGUCACACUGGAUUACGCUCAGGUCAUGGUCUCCUCUGCAAAAGCAAUCGGUCCUCUGGUGCUGGAGUUCAAGAUAGACAUGGAUCCAUUUUUUGUUCCGAGACUUCAGAAUGUGGAGGUUCUGGCAUACCAGCUGGAAAAAUACAUCCAGACCACCAGCAGCAUCUGUGAGAAGUUUGGGAAAAGUGACUUCAGUGACUUUGACUUGGAAAUGGUUGGAGAGACGGUGGUCGACCUGAGUGCUGGAUUACCUGAAGAAGACAUCCAGAGGAUGCUCGAUCACAUCAACCAGCUGGUUGAGAUCAGGAAUGAUCCACACUUCCGGAUGGCGUUCUUGUUUCAACAGAAACCAGGUGAACACUUCAUCACUGAGUUUAAGAACCGACAGCCCGGGAUGCUGACGUUCCUGAAGGAACUGGAGGAAACCGCUGUUCAACUGGACAGGAUGAACAUGGGAGCGAGAAUUUCUGCUGUGGCCGGUAGUUCAGUGGGGGUGGUCGGUGGCAUUCUGUCCAUUGUUGGCCUGGCAUUGAUGCCCAUCACCGCUGGAGUGUCCCUGUCUCUGAUUCUGGCCGGGACCGGACUGGGAGUCACCAGCGGUGUCAACAGCAUGGUCACCACUGCCACUGAAAUGGGAGUGAACAACACUCAACAGAAGAAAGCCAAAAACACCUUCAAGAGCUUCAUGGAGGAUGUGCAGAGGCUCCAGGCUUGUGUGGAUGAAACAAAAUGUCAAAUAGACUCCAAACUGGGAGUCAACCAAAGAGAAGUGGGUCGGGCAGUCUUUAAGAUCAUCCGUGAGGGCUAUGCUGUUAAAAGAGGCAUUGAUUCAAUUGUAAAGGAUGCUUCCGUUCUUUUAAAAAGUCAGCAGGCUGCAGCAGGUGCUGGUAAAGUGUUGGCUCAGGAGGGUAAAGCUCUAAGUAGCAUUCCCAGAGUGGCCUCAGAUGUCCCUGAUAUCGGUCAGGCAGCAGCCAAAAGCUCUCUUGCUUUAACCAAAACAGCCCGAGCUGGUUUCAUCACACUCAACGCUCUCUUCCUGGGUAUGGACGUCUUCACGAUCUGCAAAACCAGCAUGGAUCUGGCCAAAGGCAGCGAGACUCAAGUCUCAAAAUUAAUCCGAGCCAGAGCGGCGCUGUGGAGCUCAGUGAUGGAUUCAUGGCAGAAGAUGUCCGACUCUCUGGUCCAAGGUUUGGAAACAUUGGAGGAGAAGGAGGCUGUCCUGGAGACGCCAUUUUACCCUGAGACUGAGAUGAAGGAGCAGAAAGAAACUGAGGAGGAAGAGCAGUCUGAAGAGGAAGAAAAACCACAGGAUCAAAUGUAACACAGCAAUAUCUACAAGAUUUAAAAUUUGAUUUGUAAAUGUUCUUAUUGCAUCUGUUUGAGGCAGUUCACGAAAUGGUUAUUUCAAGACCUUCAAGUUUCUUUGCUGUCUAUUGUCUGUUUUUAUUUCUUUUGUGAUCAUAAUCCCUUUGCACAUCAGCACGUUUAGCCAUUUCUGCAUGAAUAUGAAUUAAAGUGUACUUUACAAUCACACUUUGCUUCUUUAUUAAAUGUUUCUGUCUGUAAAAGUGGCUUCAAAUGA